GCCAGCAGCUGCCUUGUGGCAGAGAGAGACACUCAGAGAGGUCUCGUCCUCGCCUGACGAUGACGACGGUGGUGACGGUGACCAUGAUGACCUUGCUGUGGGCAGCUCCGGUAAAUAUUGCAGCUCAGCCACCGUGUGACCCUCUGACUCAAUACAAACUCAGUGGACAGUGCUGCCAAAUGUGUCAUCCAGGCACUAGCAUGGCUAAAUGGGGCACAUGCGCAGCUCCUCAAUGCCUCCAAUGCAACGACAACGAGUAUCAGGAUACAUACACGACGGAAGACAAGUGUAAACGUCAGCCGUACUGCGACCCGAAUAAAAACUUUCAGGUUGCGGAGCAGAGGAGCAAAACCGAAAAAAGCACCUGCAUGUGUGAACUGGGAUUCCACUGCUCCAGUGACGUGUGCCUCACCUGUGUACCGCACAUGUCUUGUGAGCCCAGAUGGGGGGUGCUCAUUAAAGGGAAUCAAACCCAUGACACAGUGUGCCACAAAUGUCCUGAAGGCUCAUUUUCCAACCGGAGCUCGUGGGACAGCAGCUGUAUUACAUGGACCAAGUGUGAGAGCGGAUACGCUAUCGGUCAAAGAGGAUCAGACCACUCUGACGUUGUAUGUGAGAAGAACCAGCGGCAGCAUGUCGUCAUCGCAUGUGUGGUUUUACUUGCGAUCGGGAUCCUGCUAAUAGCUGCAAUCAAGAUUUGGUUCUCAAGAGGCAAAGAAGAAGAUUCCAAGGGAAAGGGCUGCAUUGAGGAGUGUGUGCGACAUGACAAAGACCCCCCCAGAAAGGUGCUCAUCACGUCGCUAAUCCCUGACAGCGUCGACGAAGAGGCCGUGUCGCCUGUAGCGCAAGCGUCGCUGGAGGACACCGGCAGCGGCGGCACGGGGGAGCCAGAGGAGAACGAGGACAGUCCCAGUCAGGCGGCCCCGGGAGAUUUACUAUUCACCGAUAAAGGCAACUAUGUGACGCAGGAGAACGGGAAAGCAGAAGUGCUCUCCCGUCAGGAAUCACAAAGCAUGACUGUGACGAAUGAAAUAUCUUGCUGAGCGCUCUGCCGUGUGGCGCCUAAUUCUGCACAUGGCCCUGAACAACCACCUGCGUCCACUUUAUGACCACCUUGAUUUUUUUCAAUGCCGUGGUUUGUCUCUAUAGGUUACUGAACCGUCCAUCAAACACCUUCAGAGGGAGUAUCAGCAGCGUAGCAGAGGUGGGACGGCGGCUGUGUGAGCGCGGAAAGCAGGGGUGUACAAUUUAACAACUGACGUGCGUGCAUAGACUCUCAGUUGAACACCCGACCCUCACGUCUCCCACCGUCAUCGAACUGUCUUGGCCGCAAGAUUACGUGUCACUUUGUGAAAGUUUGCCACAACAUCCAUCACUGCAUUCCGUGUUAAAGGCAAAGGCCAUUCCAUGUUAUUCGCGAAUUUUGCAAGACGUGAAAGAGGGUUCAUAGUUAAAUGUUAAUAAAAAGACUAGUUAAUUUAUUUUCACACUUGCCUGACGAUUAAGAAUGUUAAGGCUUCUUUAUACUCGCACUGACAGCAACCGCGCUGACGUCACUACAGCUACCCGGUGCGUAGUUUGCCUUUAUACUGGAGCGCAACCCACGCACGCAGUUAUGAAAAUGUACUGCAGUUCACCUCCAAGUCGAGGGUGUCGCUACGGCUGGUAUUGGCUAGGACGCCACAGGGUGGAGUUUCCUCUGCAUUUUUUUGGGCCAUUUCCGGUAGUUGUUUUUACUUUCCUUUCCGGAACAAGGAACAAAGCAACAACAAUGGCGACCGUGGAACAGUGUCUGCUGGAACAAAUGGAACGAGAUGACCAGAUGAUACGUUUGAUUAUGCUGCAAAAUCGAUCGAGAAGGCGGCGGCAUAGAUCCAAGUGGCACGCUGAGUACGUCAUCACAGCAUGCGACUAAAACGGACCAAUCACGAGAGAGGAUCUCCGCGGCGUUCGACGCGCAGCAACUAGUUUUGUCAUGUGCGCGGCAAGCUAGGCAGAGGUGCUGCGCGGGGCAAUUCGUCGGUCACGUGAUGCAAUGCAGGCGUUGUCGGCUACGCAACCGCGGGAGUAUAAAGAGGCCUUUGUGUUAAUUUCUUUUUUUGUUGCAUGUUACCUCAACAAAAUGAUAUUUACAGUAUUUCUGUAUUCUAAAUAUUUCAAUUGUCUCCUUUAGAGGGACCGAUUAUGCCGUUUUUAUCGCAUUUUUAAAAAGUUCCCAGGUGUCUAAAUAACAUGUCUCUGACAUGCUUUCAUUCAAAAAUACCCAAAGAUAGAAUUUUAUAAAUACUUUAAACACCACGUUUCUUGACUUGCUGAAAUUAACCCAUUUAAGAGAGUGGCCUUUUCUCAUUUAACUGAACACCGCAUGACACAUAAUGCUGGGCCAAUGGCAAUUAUAGAUUUUGUUACCAUAA